CUACUGCUAUAUAAUAAUAAAGAAUGUACUGAAGCGAGUAAGCAGUAGUAGGAGCUAUAGCCUAUAGCAAUGAUGAUCCUACACUGCACACCUUCCUCACCCAUCUCGGUGAACAUAUUGAAAUCAUCACCUCUAACAAGAAGAACAACAGUUAGAUGUUCUGUCAAAAUUCAGAAGAAUAUCCUUAAUGCUAUGGAUUCUGGCUCCUCUAAGUUCAGCUUAUGUCCCUGUGGAAGAAAGCAUUUCCUAGGAGAAGCUACGACCACGACGCCGUUUCUUCCCAUCUCUCCCUCCCACGCUUCUCAAUCUAGCUCAUCGGAGGUCUUGAACAAACUGCGUCCUCCAAAGCCAGAUUGGUAUUUCGAGCUCUAUGGAUGGUUCAGAAGUUCAGGAAUGGAAAGAUACGAGAAAGAGAUUGCGGGUUACAAAAAGAAACUCUUUAGUCAGGUGGGAAACGCUGAAAAAGUUUUGGAGAUUGGUAUUGGAGCUGGUCCGAACAUCAAGUACUACAACACUCUUCCAAACGUAUCUAUCCUUGGUGUAGAUCCAAACCCUAAAAUGGAAAGCUACGCGCGAAAAUCCGCUAUAGAAGCUGGUUUGAAAUCCGAAGACUUCAAGUUCAUUCACGCGGUCGCAGAAUGUAUACCACUAGAAGAUGCAUCAGUUGAUGCAGUUGUUACAAGUCUCGUUAUGUGUUCUGUCACUGAUGUCACUCAAACUCUAAGUGAGAUCAAGCGGAUUUUAAAACCGGGAGGGCGUUACCUAUUUGUGGAACAUGUCGCAGCUGAAGAUGGAUCAUUUCUGAGGAUGGUGCAGAAUAUGUUGGAUCCAGUGCAACAAGUCGUUGCUGAUGGAUGUCAUCUAAUAAGACCCACAGGAGAAUCACUAUUAAAAGCUGAGUUCCCUGGUGGUGUAGAUAUCAACAAGGUUUCUCUUACUAGCUUCUACCACUUGAGCCCUCAUAUCUACGGAGUCGCGUAUAAUUAAUUAUCAUUAAUUUGCCGACUCUUCUAGAGUCCUCUGUUUCAAGAAUCUGGUGAAGAAUAAUAAAAUAUAAGUCUCUUUUUAUGUUUGGAAACAAUAAAACAAUUUGACUAAGUUCAAAUUGAAAUUAGUAAGUCUCCCUUAUAUUGUAAGAGAUAGAAAACGUGUAGUUUUCUAUUUUGUUUCGGUUAUUUUGUUUGUAAUGAGUCAAGUUCUCUAUGUAACGAGACCUUAUGGUUUGAGUUUAAUACAAGUGAGUGAGAUUUUUAGA